CAAUGACCCAAGUACCACUGGCGUUUGUUUUGAUGUCGCGAAGACAAACAAUCGAUUAUUUAGGGGUAUUCAACAGUCUUCUAGAAAAAAUGCAACAACAGCCACAAGUGAGACGUGUCGUGUCUGAUUUUGAAGCGGCUACCUGGGCUGCGAUACGCGCCGUACUACCACAUGUUGAAUUGAAAGGGUGCUUAUUUCACUGGACCCAGGCGGUUUUCAAAAGGAUCAGACAAGAAGGACUGGAAAAAUCGUACCAUGACAAGGGACGCACAUACGUAUUCCUGAAACAAGUUCUGUCUCUGCCUUAUUUGCCAGCUGAGGAUAUUGAGGAGCAGUUCGAGCGACUUUGCGCUGUUCCGGAAAUCCCGCCAAAGGUGGAGAACGUUCUUGCAUACAUGAAAAGAACAUGGUUCAGAAGUAGCGUAUGGAAGGUGGAGAAUUGGUCCAUUUUUGGAUUGCCAAUUCGAACUAACAACAACACAGAAGGCUGGCAUCGGAGAAUCAACGCAAGGGCUACCAGAGAUGGAAUCCAGUUUUACUUGUUGGUUCCUCUCCUUCUACGCGAAGCGAAGUUAGUCAAAAUGAUGAUGGAGCGAGUUAGCGACGGACGGCUUGGACGUCUACAGAGAUCCAAGCAGAGGACGAGGCAGGGGGAAGUUUUCCAAAUAUGGACACAAUACCAUGAUGGUGAAAUUUCUGCCAAACACCUUCUUCGAGCUAUUGGACAUUUGUUGUAGCAUAGGCUGAAACGCAAUGUCAUAUGUUAUGACUGAUAAUUUAAAUUAAAUUGAAAUGAAAAGACAUGGUUUUUUGCUUUGUUUGUUUGUUUAUUCAAAAUGUUAUUAUUAAUAUUGUUACCUUGCUAUUAUAUGAAGUUUACCUAUUGAAGUGGGUCGGUGGUCUCAGAAAAGUUAUUACUUUUCUUAAUGCCAAAUUACAACGAAAAACAAAUUGAUCUGAUCUGGUCUGAUCUGCCUACGAAAAGAAGAUGCAAGUUGUGUGUGUGUGUGUGAGAGAGAGAGAGAGAGAGGGGGGAUGG